AUGUCUGGCCAUAGUAAAACCAGAGGCAAAGGGCAUACCAAGGCAAAGACUCGUUCCUCCAGAGCCGGUCUCCAGUUGCCUGUCAGCCAUAUCCACCAGAUGCUGCACAAGGGUCACUCUGCCGAGCGUGUUGGGGCUGGAGUCCCCAUCUACUUGGCUGCCGUCCUUGAGUACCUGACAGCCGAGAUCCUUGAGCUGACUGGCAACAUGGCUCAGGACAACAAGAAGACCUGCAUCAUCCCCCGCCACCAGCAGCUCGCCAUCCGCAAUGACAAGGAGCUCAACAAGCUGUGUGGAAAUAUUGUGGACUUUGCUUGGAACAUGUUGACAACCUUCGGGAACCUUUUGGUUAUUCCAUUCUGGCAAGAGGAAGAGAACAGAUGGAAGGAUCACAUGGAUCUACAGUUGCAUAAGGAAGAGGAAAGCUUGUAG